UGAGCGAAACAGAGGUUAUCCUAAUCAUGUCUGGAAGAGGCAAAGGCGGUAAAGGACUCGGGAAAGGAGGCGCUAAGCGUCAUCGUAAGGUGCUGCGCGAUAACAUCCAGGGAAUCACCAAACCCGCCAUUCGUCGUCUAGCUCGCCGCGGCGGAGUCAAGCGCAUCUCCGGUCUGAUCUACGAGGAGACCCGCGGUGUGCUGAAGGUGUUCCUGGAGAACGUGAUCCGCGACGCCGUCACCUACACCGAGCACGCCAAGAGAAAGACCGUCACCGCCAUGGACGUUGUGUACGCGCUCAAACGACAGGGACGCACCUUGUACGGCUUCGGAGGAUAAACCGCUUCAGAUCCGAGAACAAACCCAACGGCUCUUUUAAGAGCCAC